AUGGUACCUUACGAGGCAUUAUAUAGUCGUAGGUUUCGUACUCCUUCAUGUUGGACUGAGUUGGGCGAAUGGUGUAUUCUGGGCCCUGAGAUAGUUUUUGAUACCGAGGAUAAAGUUAGACUAAUUCGGGAUCGGCUGAAGGUGGCAUCAGACAGACAGAAGUUGUAUGCGGAUCUAAAGCGUAAGGAGAUUGAGUAUUCUAUGGGGGACUUCAUUUUUUUCAAGAUUCAUGAUGUGUUCAACGUCUCUAUGUUGACGCGCUACCGCUCUGAUCCUGCGCUUGUUAUCUCGAUUGAGGAGAUUGAGGUUAAGCCAAACCUGACUUUUGAAGAGGAACCAGUUCAGAUAUUGGAGCAUGAUUGGGGUGUUUAUUUUGCUGAUGUGCCGUGUAAGAGGUUGAAUGUCAGUGGAACUCUGAUGCUAGUGGACGAUUAG